CUCCUCCUUCCAAUGGCCAUUGACAGACUCCACCACCGUCAGCGACUCAGCUCCCAGACUGAAGAGCAGGCCAGCCUGCCGGCCGCCAGCAUUCUGGGCUGGACCGCUCAAGCCAGCCCGGCGCGGCAGGCCCUCCACUCCCUGCGGCCGCUCAGCUCCGGCGUGGAGGCUUCAUUACAAACAUGGAUCCUACGGGCCCCGAGACCGAGCAGCGGUCCUCCCGGCUGGAGGCUCCGGGACUCGCCGACGACCGGCUUUUCCUGGUUAAAGGUGGGCUUUUCCUAGGUACUGUUGCCGCUGCGGGAAUGCUAGCUGGAUUCGUUACAACAUUAUCAUUGGCUAAAAAGAGAAGCCCGGAAUGGUUCAAUAAGGGAAGCAUGGCCACUGCAGCGCUGCCGGAGAGCGGGUCUUCCCUGGCCUUGCGAGCCCUGGGCUGGGGCUCACUGUGUGCGUGGUGCGGGGUUGGUGUGAUCAGCUUCGCGGUCUGGAAAGCUUUAGGAGUUCACAGUAUGAAAGACUUUCGAAGCAAAAUGCAAUCGAUAUUUCCAUCAAUUCCCAAGAACUCCCAACCUGCUGUGGAGUGGGAGGAAGCAUUGAAAUCCAAAUGAGAUGAGCAUGGCGGGUGAAUUCCAAACGGCUGUUACAGGGAGUGGCUUCGGAGACGCCGGGCAGCCAAGGGACUCAUUGAUUUCUCCUCGGGAAGACGCGCCAGCGUGGUCCGACCCCGCGGGUGGACACGGUCGGCGUGUUCACACUGUCCUGUGCUUUGCUGUAAACUUCACGUGACGCGUGCGUGCUCAUGUGUAUCGUGUUGGGGGGAGGGGGAGGAUAAAUUUUUCCCAAAGUUAGGAAGACCGUUUACAAUGAUGAUAUGGAUAACUUCUCUAUAUGGGGGAGAUCCCGGGGAAGUACUUCAGUGUAUGACUAUAACAGUUGAAGGCAAGUUCUGUACCUGAAAAAGAGUUUAUAACAGCCUGAGAUGGAAAACGCUGACAACAGAUCCUAACAGCAGCAGUACCGCGAUGUCCCUAAUUGGAUGAGUUUCAACAGUCUUUCCUGUCAGUCCUGGCUGUUGGGACCUGGACACUCACUCCUGCCGCAGACCCCGCAGUGACGGCUGGGAGGCCCUGAGCCUGGGCAGCUGGGCGCUGCCCCUCGGAGCCAGUCUGAUCCGCCCGUGCUCCUUAUGUACCUGACAGCUCACCUGCAUCCUGUAAAUGCUCACGUUGAGCAAGAAGCCAGCGGCAGAUUACGAUAACUUGAAAAGGUACAGCUGUGCUCAAAUAAGGGCAAGGACAUCAUGGGAAUUAAACAUAGUACUUUUUGAGAAAUUGGUUCCGGGUUCCUAAACAUUAACUGACAGUUUGUAGUUUUGUCUCAGUUGUCAAUGUAAAAAUUGCCCAGUUAUUACCCAUCUUAACAAGUAUUUUUAGCCAGGAAAUUAUCUGAGUGUUAAGUCUCAAUAUUAAUUAUUUAGUACUGCCUUGCUGAUGAAACUGGCAAAUUCUUAUAUACACACCCAACGCUUUUCUGUCCUCGACGAGCUCUUACAGAAAACAGAAUAAUCUAAUUGCAAUUAUUUUUUACUGGAGAUUUAAAAAUUUUAAAGAAAAAGGAUAUGUCAAUGUUUCUGGAAAAAUAAUCUCUGGUUGAAUAUUAAUUGUCCAGUUUCUUUAUCAUUGCUUAGGCUUUAAUUAGCAAUCAGGUUUAAUAAAGUAUAUUUGAAAUUAA